UGGCGUGCUACGUGGUUGCCGUGGCGAUGGAGGGCCUGUGCUGCCUGGCGGCGCCGCUGCUGCGCUCCUUCCCGCUGCUCGUGCCCUUCGCCGUGCUCUACGGCUACUUCGACGGCGCCUACGUGGCGCUGAUCCCCGUGGUAACGGCGGACGCGGUGGGGCCGCGCUACCUGUCCUCGGCGCUGGGCGUGGUCUACUUCCUGCACGCCAUACCGUACCUCGUCAGCCCGCCAAUCGGAGGUUGGCUGGUCGACAUCACAGGAAGUUACACGUCUACCUUCUUCCUGAGCGGUGGCGCCCUGCUGGCCAGCGCCGGCGUGCUCUCUGCCGCCGCCGGGGUCCGCCACUGUCGCCGACGGCGACGGCUCGCCGCCUCCAGGGACACCAAGCCCCGCCCCCUCUGUCCCUCCGACCAAUCACAACGCUUCACCGACUCGGAUAAGGAAUCGCUCGGCAAGGCCGCCUCGUAGCCUCCGAGGAAACGACCAAUCGGAUUCAUCGACACUUUAGAGACACCGGCGAGGGCCGCGAUUGGCCGAGGCGGGCGUCAGUCAAAUGCAUCACAGGCCUAACCGGGAUAUAAACAAGGCCAACGCUAGCAGCUGUGUACCAGAGCCCAUAGAUAAAACACAGUGUUGAGUUGUACACAAUGCUGAGGCCGGCUGCACACCGGCUGCGUGGCGUCUCCGUUUUUAUUUCGGCUCCUAUGGUAACAGGUUAGAGCGUGCACACCGACGC